AUGGCGAUUGAUGGUGGUGAGCGCAACUGUGGAGUACAUGAGCUCAUCUGCAUCAGAAAAGUCUCUCCAGAGGCACUGGGGUUUCUCACAGCCAUUGGAGUCUUCAUUGUCCUUAUGAUUCUUCUGUUCAUGUACCUCAACAACAAACUGACACCAGGGAAUGCUGGCAACCUGCAAUGCCUUGACAAAUUUGGGAAAACCAAGGAGGUGCAAGACAAGGUCUACCCUGUUGAAGACCUAAGGGAUUCGUCUGACAGUGAGGACGAAGUGAUGGGCCAAUACCAGGAGGCAGUCAAUCGUUCACAAAGCCUACAAGGAUGCAGGACAAACUCUCAGCAGCAAAGGGGCUAUUGCUGGGAGACCAGGCAGAAAUACAGCCCUCUAUCUGUGGAGUAUGAUGGUUACAGCAGCGAGGCCUCUGUGGAGGAUGCCAACUGCAUCCAGAGGAUGCGGCGAACGCCCCCGCUGGACGAGCUCCAGCCCCCGCCCUACCAGGACGAAGACGGCUCCCCACGGAUGUCUUGCUCACCCUCGGACUUGGGCGACACCAAGUGUGACCUGUCCUACACUGAUAGUCCCCACCACUCCUAUGGCGAGUGCCCAAGUGAGGGCAGCGGAGGCCAGGAGAUGGAGAACUACUUACACAAGUGCUACGAGGAGGAUGUACCCAGUGACAGCACAGCUGUGCUCAGCCCAGAGGACAUGUCAGCUAGAGGGUCAAUGGUGCUGCUCCCCAAAGGCUAUGAACCAGAUCCAGUGGCCAAGUACGGCACCCUAGAUGUCGUGCUUGACUACGAUUCUGGGGACCAGCGGCUCACAGUCACAGUCACAGCUGUCACUGACAUCCCCGCCCUUAAACGUACAGGCAACAUCUCCUGGCAGGUUCACAUGGUUCUUCUGCCCACUAAAAAACAGCGGGCAAAGACGAGCAUUCAGAAAGGGCCUUGCCCUGUGUUCACAGAGACCUUCCGAUUUAGUCACGUGGAGUCAGAUAUGAUCGGAAACUACGCUAUCCGAUUCCGCCUCUACAGUUUGCGACGAAUGAAGAAGGAGAAGGUACUGGGAGAAAAGGUGUUCUUUCUCACUAAGCUGAAUCUUCAAGGCAAGAUGUCAGUACCGGUUAUAUUGGACCCCUGCUGUGCACUCCCGGGUAGUGAAUCCCAAGGCAGUCUCUCAGAGCUGUCAUGCAGUGGGAGUGCUUCUUCAUUCCAGACAGUCAGUCAGGGCUCCAUGGCAGAGAUCCUGGUGGGGCUCGUGUACAACGCCACCACUGGGCGUCUGUCGGUGGAAAUCAUCAAAGGCUGCCACUUCAAAAACCUGGCUGCCAAUAAGCCACCCACUUCCCAACCCUUGUUGUCAGAUGGGUUGUUCUGUUGUCUAAAACACUUGAUAGGUGGACAGGUUUAUAUUAUCAGAGAUACAUAUGUCAAGCUGACCUUACUGAACUCAAUGGGCCAAGAGAUGUCCAAGUGUAAGACAUCAAUAUGUCGCGGACAGCCCAACCCCAUGUACAAGGAGACAUUUGUCUUCCAGGUUGCCCUGUUCCAGCUGUCUGAUGUGACCCUCAUCCUCUCUGUCUACAACAAACGCAGCAUGAAACGCAAAGAGAUGAUUGGCUGGAUCUCAUUGGGUCUCAACAGUUCUGGGGAAGAGGAGCUCACCCAUUGGACCGAGAUGAAAGAGUCCAAAGGACAGCAGGUCUGCCGUUGGCAUAGUCUUUUGGAAUCCUAGAGGGGCUGAACACAGGAAUGGAUAAGAGGGGGGAGUUGAAGGGAAGCUUGAAGAUGUCUUUGGUCUGGCACAUGGCACAGGCUUGGUACUGUAACUAGGAAAAUGUGCCAUGUGAAUUGGCCAACAGCCCAACACUUGACUGAGCUUUAUACGUUUUUGCACACAUUGUUUUGCAGAAUUAUUUGGUUUUGUCGUUUUGAAGGUGAUGGGUGGACAGUUUGACAAGCUGUGAUGUUGAUAACUGUUUCACACUUGCCAAAACCCAAGUUGUUUGGUUUGAAUGGGUCAACUAAAUAUCUUUAACCGGGUAGGUGAUGCGGUUAAGAGAUAUUAAACAUGCUAAAGAGUUCUCAGUUUCUACUAUUAACUGUGGAACCUUUUUUCUUUUUUUAUCACCUGAACCUUGCGCAGCUGCUGUGCCAACCAAUAGAUUUGUUAUACAUGUCAGCAAUUCUUCACAGCAAUUUUAGCUCAAAAUAAUAUGUAGGCUAAUUUCACUUAUUCAAAAUGUUUUGGUAGCGAAGCUGGCUAAAGUAAUGUUUAAGAAAGGUGAUCGUUGAGUGUGGAGUCAGACAACCUCAGGUUGUACCCCUCGAGGGGGCAAGUAAGGGAGGAAGCGAUACUGAGAAGCGAAGAAAUGACACCUAUAACACAAGCUAUAUAACUUCAACACAACGCAUCAAACCCUAUUACACUUGGCUGGAUCACAGAGAGCUUCUCUCAAUCCCAUAGUUAAAUAUUUUGGUCAAAAACACUACUGGUCUUCCAUAUGAAUAACAUGCUUAUUAACCAUGUUGAAGUAAAUUAUCUGGGUUAACCCCAUUUAAACUAAUCUGGCGAAAACCCUGAUUUUUUGA